GCGUCUGUCGAGGCGUCACAGCAGUUUGGAAUGGAGCUAGUUCCUUUGUCUUUGCUGUCUAUGCUGCUUUUGGGCUUUCAGCUGGGCUCUGGAGCCCCAGCUCCAGCCUCAGGUCCAGUGUUUCUCUCAGGUCAGGCAGCCGGCAGCGUUCUGCGGAGGCACAGACGCCACAACAGAGGGCUGUUUGAGGAGUUCAUGCAAGGCAAUUUGGAGAGAGAGUGUAUUGAGGAAGUCUGUGACCUGGAAGAGGCCAGGGAGACCUUUGAGAAUGAUCAAAAGACAAUGGAGUUCUGGGCUGGAUAUAUAGAUGGCAAUCAGUGUGAGUCAAGGCCAUGUCUGAACCAGGGCUCCUGUAAAGACCAUGUUGGCACCUACACCUGCACAUGUCCGCCUGGCUUCACUGGCAGGAAAUGUGAGAUCAUUGUAGCAAAAAGAUGUGAUGUGCACAAUGGCGACUGUAAGCACUUCUGCAUGUCAAUGGGAACCUUCGGAGCAAAAUGUUCCUGUGCGACGGGAUACAGGCUGAUGGCGGAUGGGUUGAGCUGUGAACCAGAAGUUGAUUUCCCGUGUGGCAGAACCGCUCUGGCAGAGGUAAGUGCAGUAUCCACAAGGUCUCUGUUCGGCCGUGAGAAUGCAGGCCUGCAGAGCACCACCUCACUGGCCAACAUCACCACCACCACUACAUCCGCUCCCUCAACUCCAGCCAGUACCACCGCAGCUUUCCCAGCCACGACUGAUUCUGUAGAAAACCACCCGCGAAAGAGACUUCCCCUAUGGGUGCUCAGUGAGGCUGAGAUCCCCUCUGUGGUACCGAUUCGUCCUUUUAAACGCAUUGUAGGUGGCGCGGAGGUCACUCCCGGAGAGAUCCCAUGGCAGGUAGGCUUGGUAGCACAAUCCACUGGUGUCUUAUUCUGUGGGGGCUCCAUUCUGGGCCAUCGUUGGGUUAUCACUGCUGCUCACUGUCUGCUGGAGACACAAGAUUCCUUCUUCAUCAGAGCGGGGGAGCAUAACGUCUACAUCAAGGAGGGCACAGAGCAGGAUCAUGAAGUGUUGGAGCAGCACAUACACCCGCGCUACAACGUCAGUGUGAGCUUGUACAACCACGACAUUGCCCUGCUUUACCUCAAAACUCCCAUCACCUUCUCCACAACUGUGCGGCCCAUCUGCAUAGGGCCCAAGGCUUUCACGGAGGCCCUGGUGAAGAACUCCUCCCCGGCUACAGUCACCGGCUGGGGCCGAACACGCUUCCUCGGAUCCACGGCUAGCACGCUACAGAAGGUCGAGGUACCCUUCACAGAUCGGACAGAGUGUAAGGAAAGCAGCAGUGCCAGGAUCACUCCUGUCAUGUUUUGUGCAGGCUACGAUAAUGUGGACAAAGAUGCCUGUCAGGGUGACAGCGGAGGUCCUCAUGCAAACAGCAUUCAUGAUACAUGGUUCCUGACAGGCAUCGUGAGCUGGGGGGAAGAAUGUGCAAAGGAUGGGAAAUAUGGUGUGUACACCCGGGUGUCUCUUUACUACCGCUGGAUAAACCAUGUUAUGGGAUUAACUAAACACAGGCUGGCACUUGAUGUGGAAGAUCCUGAUCCUUAAAUUGAAAGCAUAGAUUUAAAAAAAAUACAACUGGUUUAUAAAUGUGUUCCAUGUCAAAUAAUUUUUUUUAUUCUUUCUUUCUUUUUUUUCUACGUAAUGCUCUUUGAACUUCACAGGAUGUUCAAAAAUCGGAAGCUGUUUUGAAUCGUAUGCUGUUAAAAGAAUUUGGCGUGCAGUUCUGAAUUUGAGUUUGAAACAUUCAUACAACCGGAGGGUCGUAGGUGACCUUUAAAAGACACUCAACUCUGACUUGGCUGAGCAGUUCCACUUCUGGAUGCCAUUGUACUGAAAGUGUGAGUGUGGCUAAAGAAAUGUAGCAGACAGAUGUGAAGCAGAUAAAUGUAAAUGCAUAAUAUUAAAUAAGAUAAUACCAAA